CCACCAUGGCGAAGUCAGUUGUGAGUGCAAAGGAAUGGAACGAGAAGGGUAAUGAAGAGUUUGAAAAAGGCAAUUGGUCUGAAGCAUUAAGUCACUACACAAACGCACUGAAUGUAGAAGAGAACGAUCAUGACAAAAGAAUGUACUAUGGAAAUCGAAUUGCUACUUAUUUAAAGCUGGGCAAUUACGAGAAAGUGGUUGAAGACUGCAACAAUGCGUUAAUAAUAUGUUGUAACAAAAUACUGUAUCACAGAUAUCAAGCACUAAUAGCGUUAGACAAAUUCGAGGAGGCAUUUCGGGACGCGGAGAUCAUUAUUUCAUGUGAUCCCAAUAACAAAGUUAUUCAGCCCGUAGCGACGCGCUUACGUGAAAUUGUACAAGAUCGUCGCAAUAAAGAUAUAAAAAUUAGUGCCAAGGUAUCAAAUUUGCUGGAUCAAGCAUUUGACGUGAACGUAAGUGAGAAGGGACGUGAAGUCGCUAUGAAUAAUUUGCUUGUGCUCACACGUGACGAAGCUGGUGUCGAGGAGAUCUUCAAAAAGGAAGGUGUAUUGAAAAUCGCACAACUUGUGAAAGUGGACACGAACGAGGAAGUAAUCUGUAGCGCGAUUCGUAUUGUGGGCGAGUUAUGCAAAAACAAUAUUAGUCGAACCGAGUCUGUUAUGAAAUCCGUCGGUUUGCCUCGGUUCCUGGAAAUAAUGAACAGCACAUCUAUACAGAGAGUUAAUGCGUCUCAAUAUUGUUUACAGAAUAUAUUGAACACUUACAGCGGUGUGACUAAUAAACUCUAUUCAAAACCCGACGAGGCUUUGUGCGCGGCGCAUAAGAAGGAAAUAGACACCAUUCUGUUGUGUUUGUCGUACAGUAUAACGAGUAUAACGUUAACAGGCCUUGCUAGAGACGCAAUAAUAGAACUUAUUAUGCAUAACAUUCAUUGCGUAACUAAGUUAGAUUGGGCCAAACGAUUUGUCGAACUUCGCGGUGUGCAAAGAUUGAUGGAGGUAGCCAGUGAAACGGAGGAAUACAAAUACAAAUUCUCGAUGAACAUCACAUCCUCCACGCAAACUAUAACUAGUGUGUGCUUAGCAAAAAUAUAUGAAAACGUGUACUAUGAUGAUAAGAAAACAUUUAUCAACGCCAUUGAUGAAUUUAUUGAAGAUAAAUUGCAUUCGCCUGACAUAGAAUCUAAAGUACGUGUAGUAGUUGCGAUAACAGUUUUAUUAUUGGGCCCGUUGGAGGUUGGAAACACAGUUGUGGCUAAAGGAGGGAUUUUAGAAAUGAUCCUCGUUAUGGCAGGAACGGAUGAUGUAUUGCAACAGAAAGUAGCUCUCGAAUGUAUCGUUGCCGCUAUGACCAAAAAAGACAAAGCCUGCGCGAUUGUAAAUCAGGGUGUAGAUGUAUUGAAAAAGCUAUGUCAAUCCAAGGAUGAUUUAGUUCGGGUUCGAGCGUUAGUGCGAUUUUGCGAGAUGGGUAGUUCCGGAGACUCAGAUGUGACUAUCAGACCGUUCGCGGACGGAGUAACCAAGGAAUUGGCAGAGGCUUGCAGACGAUUGUUGAUUAAUCCAAAGAAAGAAAAGAGAGAAUGGGCCAUAAAAGGUCUGUCGUAUCUGACUUUCAACACCGGAGUCAAACAGGAGUUGAUCAAGGAUAAAAGAGCCAUUCAUACGAUGAUUGAGAUCGCCAAGACUGGUGAUCGAUCGGUUCUCUUCGGCGUGCUUACGACGUUGGUGAACUUGUGUAACGCUUAUGACGAUGAGCAAGAACACGAGAUGAUAGAAUUGACAAAGUUUGUCAAAUAUUAUUUUCUCGAGGAACCUGAACUGGACGACCUGGACAACUCCGUAGAAAGAUUGUGCGCAUUAGCAAAGGCCGGUGUGAUCAGCGAUCUGGUGGACGUCGCUAAAACGGACAAUCAGAACUGCAAGGAAUUGAUAGCACGCGUUUUCAACGCGAUUUGCAGUGAACAGACAUUGAGAGAAAUGGUUGUUGAUGAAGGCGGCACGGAGGCAUUGUUGUCGUUAGCGCUGGAUGGCACAGUCGAGGGAAAGAAGCAAGCUUCGCUAGCUUUGGUCCGUUUGGCACGGAACCUCACGAAACGUCCUGAGGUUAUAAUUCGCGGUCAACUAAUCACGGAGGUUGUUCAACCGAUCGUAAGUCUUCUGUACCCGGAGUGUUCCGUUAAUGAGAAUUGCCAGACUCUAACAGCUUUGUGCAAUCUAGCUGAAGUCAACGACAGCGUGCGAGAACAUAUAUCCAAAGAAGGAAUAUUUCAGAAGAUUGAAGCCUUUAGGUACGAGAGGGAUUAUCUUUUGAGAUUGGCGUCUGCAAAUCUUAUAAACAUUUUGUUAUUAAGCCGUGAAGUCGCUAUUCAAUAUUUCGAGCAAGAUAAUUCUCGAGUUGAGUAUCUUAUGUUAUUGUACAAGGACGAGAAUCAAGAUAUUAAGUUUGCAGCAGCUGCAGCUCUAGUGAAGCUGACGGUGGCCAACAAAGAGGCUUGCAAGAAAGUUUUCGACUCGAAUUUCUGGCUGGAAUUCCUACGCUCUUUACUCACCAAUCCCAGCAAUAAUAUACAAGAAAUGGGUGUUAUAUUUGUGCUAAGUAUGAUAAGAAGCGUGGAAGAUGUUGCUGCAAAACUCGAAACAGGCAUAAUAAUGGAACUACUGAGAACAUUAAGAAACAAGAACAGUACCGUGCAGAACGAGAAUAUCAAGGAAUUGACAUCCAUUGCUUUAGAGGCUGUUGCGGAACGAUCUAGUAAAGAAGCACUCAUCAUAAUAAGAUGGGAACGUGAUACAGCACGUCGAUUAGGGAAAUUAGACCUUCUAAAUCGUCUGGAAAUAAAGUUAUGGACAGUCUAA